UUUUUUUUUUUUUUUUUUUCAAAGCUUCCGCUCCGCAACUAGACUACAUUUCCCAGAAGUCCGGUGGGGGCUGACUGCCGGAAUAGAGCACGCACGUGCAAAGAAAAGUUGGGAAAGCUGGCGAGGGACGUUUGGAGCCUUUCACUGGUGGGAUUUCUCAUUUAGCCAUGCGUCUUUCGGCCCUGCUGGCCUUGGCAUCCAAAGCCACCCUCUCCCCCCACUACCGAUAUGGGAUGAGCCGUCCAGGCUCCCUAUCAGACAAGAGGAAGAAUCCUCCGUGGCUCAGGCGGCGCCCAGUAGUGGUAGAGCCCAUCUCUGAUGAAGACUGGCACCUAUUCUGUGGAGACACGGUGGAAAUCUUAGAAGGCAAGGAUGCUGGGAAACAGGGCAAGGUGGUCCAAGUCAUUCGGCAGCGGAACUGGGUUGUCCUGGAGGGGCUGAACACGCAUUACCGCUACAUUGGCAGGACUAAGGAUCACCGAGGGACCAUGAUCCCUAGUGAAGCCCCCUUGCUUCAUAACCAGGUCAAGCUAGUGGACCCUGCAGACAGGAAACCCACUGAGAUCCAGUGGAGAUUUACUGAGUCAGGAGAGCGGGUUCGAGUCUCUACAAGAUCUGGGAGAAUUAUCCCCAAACCUGAAUUUCCUAGAGAAGAUGGCAUUGUCCCUGAAACAUGGAUUGAUGGCCCCAAGGACACGUCAGUGGAAGAUGCUCUAGAAAGGACUUACAUGCCGCGGCUAAAGACAUUAGAAGAAGAUGUGAUGGAGGCAAUGGGGAUCCAGGAGACUCGAAGACACAGGAAAAUUUAUUGGUACUGAGCCUGAGAGAGCUGCUUCUGCCUGCUCAGUCUUCACCUUGAGGGUGGAGGCCCCUCUUGCUCAAACACCAAUAAAGAGCCUUGAGUUCAGCUGCUGUCCACCCACCCUCUUCCUUCCCCCAGGGCUUGCAUUUUGGGGAGCUCAGUCUUGGUGCAGCUUUUCUCAUUGUCAGGACACACCGGGUAGAUACUCGCCUUCCCAGG